GGCCCCCGUUGCGGAAGCUCGGCGGGGCCGCCGCCGGUCUGCCGCUCCCCGCGCUGCGCGGCGGCGGUACUAUGCUCACGCGGGUGAAGUCCGCCGUGGCCAAUUUCAUGGGCGGCAUCAUGGCUGGCAGCGCGGGCGCCGAGCACGGCGGCGGCGCGGACCUGCCGCUGCGCUUCCCCUACGGGAGACCCGAGUUCCUGGGACUGUCCCCGGACGAGGUCGAGUGCUCCGCCGACCACAUCGCCCGCCCCAUCCUCAUCCUCAGCAAGGAGACGCGGCGCCUGCCCUGGACCACGGGCUACGCGGAAGUAAUAAAUGCUGGGAAGAGCACACACAAUGAAGAUCAAGCCAGCUGUGAAGUCCUCUUUGUCAAGAAGAAAACUGGAGGUGCUAAUUCUACACCAAACAAGAACUCAAAACGGAGAUCAUCACUCCCAAAUGGAGAAGGUCUGCAGCUGAAAGACAAUUCGGACACAGAUGGGAUUAACCUGUACUACUGGUCCCUGUUUGAUGGACAUGCUGGGUCAGGCGCAGCUGUGGUCGCUUCCAGACUGCUGCAGCACCACAUCCUGGAGCAGCUGCAGGAGAUUGUGGACAUCCUGAGGAACACGGCUGUCCUCCCACCCACCUGCCUGGGAGAGGAACCUGACAACACGUCCACCAACAGCAGGACGCUGACACGAGCAGCCUCCCUGCGGGGUGGUGUGGGGGCCCCAGGCUCACCCAGCACCCCCCCGACACGCUUCUUCACUGAGAAGAAGAUCCCACAUGAGUGCCUGGUUAUUGGGGCUAUAGAAAGUGCAUUCAAGGAAAUGGAUUUGCAAAUAGAACGAGAGAGGACCGUGUAUAAUAUUUCUGGUGGCUGCACAGCCCUUGUGGUGGUGUAUUUAUUGGGGAAACUUUACGUGGCAAAUGCUGGUGAUAGCAGGGCUAUAAUCAUCCGAAACGGUGAAGUCAUUCCAAUGUCUUCAGAAUUCACUCCAGAGACCGAACGCCAGAGACUUCAGUAUCUGGCUUACAUGCAGCCCCACUUGCUGGGAAAUGAAUUCACACAUUUAGAGUUUCCACGGAGGGUGCAGCGCAAGGAAGUUGGAAAGAGGAUGCUUUACCGUGACUUCAACAUGACUGGCUGGGCAUACAAAACCAUCGAGGAAGAUGACUUGAAGUUUCCCCUUAUCUAUGGAGAAGGCAAGAAGGCUCGGGUUAUGGCAACAAUUGGUGUGACUCGAGGACUGGGAGACCACGACCUGAAGGUUCACGACUCCAAUAUCUACAUCAAACCUUUCCUAUCCUCAUCUCCUGAGGUAAGAGUCUAUGACCUACUGCAGUAUGAGCAUGGGCCGGAUGAUGUUCUGAUCCUAGCUACAGAUGGACUCUGGGAUGUGCUGUUAAAUGAAGAAGUGGCAGAAGCUGUCACUAACUUCCUGCCAAACUGUGACCCUGAUGAUCCCCACAGGUACACGUUGGCGGCGCAGGACCUGGUGAUGCGAGCCCGGGGAGUGCUGAAGGACCGGGGCUGGCGAAUAUCCAACGACAGGCUGGGCUCUGGAGACGACAUUUCUGUCUACGUCAUUCCUUUAAUACAUGGGAACAAGCAGUCGUGAAAGUAGCGUCGAGAGUGGUUAUGGAAAGGGGAUCUUUUGGGGAAGGGCCUGUAAGAGACGAUGUGUUUUGGAUGAUCUGACCAGGACGUCUCCAAUUGAUGUAGUCUAUUCAUAGCUAAUGCUGGAGGGGUAUUUUUCUGCCUGAAAGAUAGGGCUCUGCACAUAGACUAUAUAUGAUUACAGAUAACCCUUAAGAUUACAACUCCCCUGUAGUAAAGGUUUUGGUGCUUAAUGGGAAUGAGAUCAAAAUGCUGCUAGCAUAUUGUGGGUUCUAUCCUCCCUCCAGGUGAAGACCUGAAGUAAGAAUUAAUUUUUUUCAGUUUGCCAUGUAGCUUGGAAGAGCCAUUUCAGUUGUGAAAAUAGAAGUGAGUAUCAGAAGCCAAGGAGGCUCCUGAAGUCUAACCCGAAAUAUUCAGAGCAGUGACUUGGAUCACAUCUCAUUUAAAAAUACUUUUAUACGUAUAAAUGAGACUCAAGAGUUUUCUUCUUCCAAAAAGAUGCUUUCAUGACUUGCCUACGGACAACUGCAAACUGAUGUAAUCCUUUGAAUCCCCAUUUCUUCCCUCUGGUCUCUUCUUCAGUAGAUUAUAUUCCUGUAUUUUAGUAGGAAAACUGAAAUUGUUUUUUGUGUGACUAUGCCUGUUUACUGCAGCUAAAACAGCCACCUACAAAAUUGUCCAGGAGAAAUAGGUCACAGUCCUGUAUUACGAGAUCUGUUCAGGUAUGAAGAAUUAUUUGUCAAGACUCCCUGUUGUGUGUACACCAUGCUUAUACAGAGCGAGCAAGCUUGGCAUUAUGUGAUGUUUACCUGGAGGUUCUGGUUCCUUUGGGAUCAGAGAUUUUCAUUCUUUGAAUGGUUCUGUCUGCCUUGUCCUGUUGGAAGGAUCCCUGAACACACUGACCCUCAACUGAGGAAAAGUUCUACAUUUAUUUGGGCUCCUGAGUGUAUUUUCAGCUGGAUUUCUACUUGAAGUGAUGGAAUUGUUCUGGUUACCAGUUAAGAGACUCAGAUGGUGAUCUAUUUAAGAAUGAUUUCACUUCUUGGUUCAGCAUACCUUUGCCUGCUUGACUUGGUGAUGAGAAGGUGAGAGUUAAUAACCUCACACCCUCUUGGUUGUUGAGGACUGUGGCUGAGGAUCAGAUGAUCUCUGUGAUAGUUAUGGCUAGCUUCAUCAGCUUUUUCUUAGCAGUGCUAAGUCAGUUUAAAUAAAGAAAAUCCAAGGACGUUGUCAGAGUACAAGCAAUAGUCCAAGAGAGUAACAACUGAGCAAAUCCGCAGCUUGACUUGACUGCCUGUUCUGUGGGCAGACAGCUCUUCACUUUACUGGCCGCAAUUAAAAAUUAAAUAAAUCCAAAAGUUCUCGUUUGUAGGCAGAUGUGUCAGCUGGGAGGUUAGAUUCAGCCUCCAUUGUCCCAGACCUCAUUCUUUUGGAGCUGCUAAUCUGACUUGUACAUAAAAGCUACUUCUUGGAUAGCCAGAAGACAGGGAGCUGAGCUAACUGUGGAGCACUGACUAGGCAUCUCAAAGAUGUUUUAUCCUUUCUAAAGGAGAAACUGCCAGCUCUAAGAGCAGGAUACUGUAUCCUUGGUGUUCUUGGAGUUGUGUAGUCUUUCUCCUGAACAAGACUGGCCUAGAGCUAGCCAGUUCUGUAAUUUAUAACGUGCUAUAUAAACAAAGUACAGUGCUGUUUGGUAUAGCAGCCCAGAUGCUUUAUUUGAUUGCAUCCAAAGUACAUGUGCAACAUUCUCAGUGGAUUUAAAUGCCCUUUCUUUAAUUUCUAGACCCAGUAGGAGUUUCAGAUUGAGAUGAGCCAACGCAGAGUGUGUAAUGGCUCAGACAUGUGUCCAGCUGAGUGAUUUUAGUCUGAGAACUGUUCCAUGCGUUCCCCAGUGCCUGCGUGUGAUAAAGCAGUGCAGAACACUGGUGUUUUAUGUUCUAGAGCUCCAGUACCAGUCAUAUAUCUGAUUAAGUGUUGCCAUGCUUUAUCUGUUUGUUCUUUUUUGUUUUUCCCCUUUUCCUUCUUCUUUGUGCACCUAGGUGAAGAGAUUUGCAGGUUUGAAGUCUAGAGUAUUUUUCACAUGGUCCCACGUAUGUUUCAAAGUUCAACCAAGAGAUCUUUUUGUGCUCUUCUUUUCUUACUUUUUUUUUUUUUUUUUAAUUAUUAUUAUUAUUUUGCCUAAUAAACUUGUCAACAUGCUUUUUGUGCUCUGUGUAACUCCUGUUGUCUCUUUGCAAAUGCAUUUGUGUAGUCCUUUCUUUAAUGGGGAAACUAAUGGCAAUUCCUCUGAAGUCACAUGAACAGCAACGAAGCUGGCGCUUGCUGUGACCAACUUCAAUCCUGAGUCAGAAAUUUUUGUGCCCAUGUAUUGUUAGUCUUCGUUCUUUAGUAUCAUGGGGUCAGCAAACAUACCAGUCAUUAUGAAACCACUGAGUACAAUGGGGUUGAAUGAAUUUCCAGUGCAAUAUUUGCCAAAAUAUAAAAGUGAAACUUCAAGGUGAUGGAAAUACCCUCUUUCAGAGGUGUUUUUAAAUGCACCCUGAGAGUGAUGGGGCAGCACAGCAAGUUGGUGGGACCCAACUCACUGAUAAGUUGUCAGAGCAAAGCGUGGUGGGCAGUGGUACGGCUCUGUGCAUCAGCCUCCAGCGUCUGUUGUUCAUCUGAGGUACUGCCAUCAGUCAGCCUGCUUCCCAGCAACUGCUGUGCCCACCCAGGUCACGCUGUGUCAGCUGUGAGCCCUUCUGGAAAGGGCAGAGGUGCAGCAUCAACAAUUAAUAUCAAUUAGCAUCAACUCUGAACGUUUUCAAGAGUAAUAAAAAGCUUCCUACUCAGCUGUAUGUGACUGAAACCGUGCUGUGAUGUUUUUUGUUUUGCUUGUUUACAAAGUAUCUGUUACACGUUUACAGGCUUACCUACUGUGAGUGGCUCUGGUGGUCUGUGGCUCUCACUGCUUUGGUGCCUGGGCUUUCACUUCUGUCUGCUUUCAUUUGGGGCUUCUUACAUGCCUGCACUGUGCUCUGCUUCAUGGCAUGGUACAUACACGCACCAAGGCGCGAUGCAAAUAGGAAGCAGGAGCCAUGAGUUGGGGAGGUACCAUGUGUGAAGCAAGGAUAACAAAGCAUUUCCUAUUCUCUUCAUAACAUGCAUUAUUUGAGAAGUCAUAGCAUUAGAAAUCACUGGUGACAGAGGGGAGUUGUGACCCGCAGUACACAGUGCACCUUUCAGUUGGGCAUGGGAUGGAGUCACCAUUCAGGCUUGCAGAUCCUCCACUGCUCCAUGCAGCCCUUCAGUUAGGAGCAGCACCAACUCCAAAGUUUAGAUCCUGGGUACAUCACCUUAGUCACUGCCUGAUCCUGGUGGCAAUGUGGCUUUUUGUCUAGUGAAGUUCUGUUAGCACCCAAUGUUGUUUCAGCAUUAGCAGCAAGGAGCCUCGGUCCUGGUUACCUCUGUCUUAGUAGGUAGUGCUCGCUGUGCCAGUAUGUUGGAAGGUUAUCAUUUCUUGGACAAGAGCAAGGAAAGGAAGCUCUUGUAGUUCAGAUCAGUGGGCAGUGCUGUUAACACUGCCUUCUGCUGCCUGAUGCAGUCUAAUUUCUAGAAGAUUAAAAGGAGCAGCUUCUGUUCUCCUGUGAAUACUGUCGAAGAGGGAAGUACAGCUGUGUCACAGCUUUUUGUCUCACACUACAGCCUGAAGUCAUCUUUGCUUAACUUGAUGAAGACAGUAGUUCGAAAUUUCAGCCACAUCUAAAGUGAGGCACACAACUGUCUCUUGCUAAAUUAAUGCAGUGAUGCUUCCUUUAUGAACACAGAAGUCUGUUGUCUAAGAGGGCUAAUUUUCAAUGUCCUCAUGCUGGAGAGAGAAACUGGUUUUAAUACAAGGAAUUUGAAAGAGCGACAGGGCUGACAACUAAAGGAAAAGCAGUCCUAGUUUGCUAUCAGCAGUGAAUUUCCACGUUGGAGUUGCUUCCAUGUUAAAGUACAACAGGGAGGUGUGUGAUGUGUGGUAGGUGCUGUGCCUCCCGGAUAGUUUUGAAGAACUAAGAACUACACUUCAUGUUUUGGCUUUCAGCUUUUAGGUUUUAAAGAACACUACAUGCUCCAAGCAAAUCCGCCGCGUUCCUUCCUGCCUCAGCAUUCCACUUCCUUUUAUUUUUUGAAACAUACUGUGCAAAUGAUUUCAACACUUGUAUCAAACAUGAGUUGCAAACUAUAUGAAAUUGUUGUUUCUCCGACAUUCGUGGUGUGUAAAUAGUUUUCCUCUGUGUGUCUGAGAUGAAGAUACAUUGCAGUGGCUGCCAUAGACAGAGCGACCAAACGAUGCUGUAACUGUGCUGCUGUAUUUCUACCUGUGAUGUACUUGAAGGAGGAUGCUCUUGUCCACCUCCACUCUCAUUAUUAUUAUUAUUAUUUUUUUUUUUUUUUGACUGUUGCUGGUGAUGUUGUUUCAUAGGUAUCUUAUUUUGGUUUGGUUUGUUUUUUUAAUAGCUUCCACUUUUUUUUUUUCUUUUCCUCAUUGGACAAGUCAUCUUAUUUGGAGACCCGUAAAACUGUCCAGGUUCUGUAUGUCUUGAAGAACAGCGGAGCUGCUGGAGGAAGAUGUUUUGGACCAAUGUACUUACGUUUUGUGACUGUGAAAUGUUAAUCUUUUUGUAACCUAAGAACAAAAAAAUGUUUGGUAAAGGGAUAUAUUUUGUGUUUUUUGAAACUUUUCAGUGCAAUGAAAAAAAAGAGGAGGAUGCUGAAGAAGUGUAUGCGCAAAAUUUUAAAUAA